AUGUCCACUCCCCUCGACCAGCUCCAGCCCCCGCCGUCCCUCCACUCCGCCCACGCCUCCGUCGGCCCACUCAUCGCCGUCCUCGCCGUCAUUUCCAUCCUCGGCGUCAUUGCCGGUAUGAUUGGCCGCCUUUGCUCUGGCCGCCCUGUCUUCGGCUACGGCGCCCACUACGAUGUCGAGGAUUGGAUCGAGAAGAAAUGUGCUUCCUGCCUCGACGGCUCCCUCGACCCUCCUCCUCCUCCUCCGCCGCAUCUCCGCCGCCCGCCGCUUCUCGAUUCUGUUCCUGUGGCUGAACCGCUUGGUGGGCCACCACCGGAGAUCAAGCAAGGUGCCGAUGCCGAUGCCGUCGUGGAUACCGAUGUUAAACGCGAGAAUUUGCAGUCGGCGCCCCCUGGAACCGGCGGUGAGUCGUGA